UGGUGCGUUAUGAAUAGCUGCACAAGCUUCAAAGCCGAAGAUACCGCCAGCCGGCGUGUUUUGUUUCCCAUCGACACCAGCUCGGCCCGAUGGAUACAUGCAGAUAAGAGAACCGAUUGCGUCGUGAUUCCGGUUUCGGGAUCACUCCGCAAUCUGCUCUCGUCUCUCCACACAACUGGCCAACAAGUAGAAUGCGCUUGCUUCGUCUUCUACAUGUAUUGGCCAUUGUGGUCACUCUGGCUUCCCUCAGCACUGGUAAUGCACUCACAGCGAACGAUGACGACGCCACUUUAGAGGAAAGAAAAGGAGGGGGUGGUGGAGGAGGAGGACACGGUGGAGGUGGCGGUGGAGGGCAUGGCGGAGGUGGAGGUGGUGGUGGAGGCCAUGGCGUAGGAGGAGGACAUGGAGUCUCAGGUGGCCAUGCAACUACAACGGGUGGAGGGGAUGGUGUUACAACAACGGGAGGCGGCGGAGGGGACGCAGUUACAACAACGGGAGGCGGAGGAGGAGGGCACGUGUAUCCAUACGGCGGAACCUACACAAGCACUGGUAUCAUGAAUACGAACGGCGUCACGCAUCACGAGGAGAAAGAAUGCAAUCGAUUUUUUAACUGGUGGCAGCGGCUUUUCGAUAGCAGCGUCGAGAAGUGCCCGAAAAAGAAAAAAGAAGAAGAAGAAGACUGGCGUCGACUUCGAGCUUAAGACGUGAAGUCAUUGAUAGCACUUCAUUGGCGAUUCUUUGCUGGUUAGAAUCCAUACCCCUCUUGUCGUUCCGCUCAUUGUAGUUUUCCUGCGCAAGAUUAACUAAAGAGUGGAAGUAUCUCUAACGCAUCUUGCAAUAGCCUAAACGAAGACUAGUAGGUUGCUGUUGUACUGCAUGUAGUACGAUAAUCAUCUCAGAUUCUUCGAAAUAUCAAUGAACAGAUUGCGCUAAUUGGAGUCGAAUUUCGGCAAUGUACCAAGCCUAUAGGUUCUCUCACGAAAGCGAAACAAUGGGAACCA